AUUAUCUCCAAAAUGAAUAACACAUUAAGUGAUAAUCUGAUUUUUUUGCCCAAAGAUUUUCAAGGAACUGAAAAUGGAGAGGGACAAUUAAGUGAUUAGCAAAAAAUGAAGUAAUCCUAACUAAAUAUAUCGCAGAUUGGGGAACUUGGGCAUGAUGACACCAAUGAGUAACACUUUGACAUAUGAUUUUGAACAAAUGACUUUAGACACUUCACCAAAGGAGAGUGAAGUCAAUCAUAAAUAUGAUGCAAAUAUUGACACCAUAAAUGAAUAAGAAGAACAUAAAUGCAAACUAUAAGUAGAUUUACUCCUAUAUAUAAAACAGAAAUAUCAAAGUUUCAAGAUCACUAAAGAGUAGAUUAGGAAAUCACCAAAGCACAAGACUUGCUAACCAUAACAGACAGUGCCAUAAUUGGAACUAGGAGAAUAAAAUUUAGACACUCAAAUAGAUUAGCAAUCCCCAGUCACAUCUUCAAUGAAUGCCCAGACAUUGAAAUUUAUCAAGGAACUCUGGAAUUCAGAUAAGAGUGAAACUGAAUACUUCAAAGAGAUGGUGGAUCCUAAAUUACCAUAUCUAAAUCAACCCAUCUAUUCUCCAGUGAUGGAUGGCCAUAGUCCCAUAUAUGAACCUGACAUUGAGAUGGAUUUGUACAUCACAAAUCUGGUGGUGAGAUUUUAAAUUCUAUCUUAGGAUUAAGUAUGGGGCAAUCAGAUAGUCAGUAGGAAAUUGCAGAAAAUGAUAGAGUCAGGAUCACAUUAAUAAAAGGAAUUGAUUGUGUAGAAAUUGGAAAGAGUAACACCUUAAGUGGAAAAGGACAUAUUCGGCAAUUAUGUUGUUUAAAAGAUCUUCGAAUGCAGUAUAUACAUCAUAGUAUUCAUUCAAUAGCCAAUAAUAAAUUGCAAUAGAGGAUGUUCAAUAAAUUAAAGCCUCACUUUUAUGAUUUAUCCAAAAACACUUUCGGCUGCAGAGUGAUGUAGAAAUUGAUUGAGUAUACCUACCAACGAAAUGAUCUACAAAUCAUAGUCUUGUAACAAUUACAAUCUAAUAUGCGAUCCUUGAUAUAUGAUUUGAAUGGGAACUAUGUGAUUUUCAAAAUGCUCGAAACCUUUGAUAAAUUAAAGAUGGAAUUCAUGAUCCCCAUUGUUGAAGAAUCAGUAUCUCUUAUACAUCAUAUCCAUAGUUCAAUUACAUGGGAUAACAAAUCUAUGGUUGCAAAAUCAUUCACAAAAUUAUUUAACAAUAUUCUCAACAACAAAUCGCUAAAAUCAUUAGAUUGUCAGUCUAAAAUUACAAUAUCCUAAGUUAGACAGAGUAUGGAAACUAUGUACUAUAACAUAUUCUCUAAUACUGGAUCCCAAGUCAAGAAAAAGCCUAUCUGGUUCAAUUAGUCUUGCAAUAGUUCUUCUAACUUAGCAUCAAUAAAUAUGCAAGGUAUUCUACUUACUAUCUAAAUUGCUAGUAACACUGUUGAAAGAGCAUUGGAGGCAUUGGGCAAGCAGGAAUUAAUUUCUAUCACAAAAUGGCUACUCUGCAAAAGUCCUAAUCAAUAGUACAUCAUAUAUAUAAUAUUCCAAUAGCGCAAGUAACUUCGUUGUAUUAGCUAAUCAUCAAUAUGCCAAUUACGUAAUUAAGAAAUUUUUAGUGAUAAGCGAUCACAAUGUAUUAAAAUAUAUUUCAGAUCAUUUGUAGUAGAAUCUGUAUGAAUAAACAGCAAUCAAAUCCACUAUUCACGGUAACUUCCAUCCUUUAAAUUUAGGUCAAAGAAUAAAUAGCUUCUUAGAUAAGUAAAUUUAGCAUUGGCCUUGAUU